AUGCCCGACUCUCCAAUGAAAGCCAAGUUUCUCAAAGGAGACGACAAGCUCAUCGCCAUUGAACGACUCCGAAUGAACCAAAUGGGCAUCGGUUCUGGCGUGUGGAAAUGGGACCACGUCAAGGAAUGCGCCCUCGACCCCAAGACAUGGCUCUGCUUUUUGGCUUAUUUAACCCAGAUUCAAAAGCAUCCCUAUCCUUCGGCUUUGACCGCUUCACCACCAUCCUCUUCAACAUGCCCUUCGGGCGCCGUUCAAAUGGUCGCCACCCUAGGCGGUGCUUGGCUAUCCGACCGCAUCAAGACACUCAAAUGGGCGUUCCUCUACGACUGUAUAUGCUGA